AUGGAAAUCCUAGAGAAAACCGAUGUGCUGACAACACGAUACUUCCAAGAAGGUCGUCAUGUAGAAGAUAUUCUUGGCAUAAAGGAGGACGGAGAGGAGCGCGACAUAUGGUGUGUGAUCUUAAAAGCUUACUAUCCGCCAGAUUCCGUGCCGAAAUCGUCAGCUCGUGCUCGACUGGAAGCUUGGGUUGAUCCAUACAGUUGUAAUCCGCAGAAAGCAGCGUUUAAGAUCGCUACUUCUUUGCAAAAGAGCUAUGAAAGGUGGCAGCCACGCGCCAGGUAUAAGUCAGUAACUGAUCCGACUGGUGAUGACGUGCGGAAACUCUGUCAAAGCAUGCGACGAAAUGCGAAGGACGAACGUGUUCUGUUUCAUUACAACGGUCAUGGUGUUCCACGGCCUACACAGAAUGGGGAGAUUUGGGUGUUCAACAAGAAUUUUACCCAGUACAUCCCCUUGUCGUUGUUCGACCUGCAGUUGUGCAUGGAAUUUCCAUCCAUAUAUGUUUGGGACUGCUCAUCAGCAGAAACCAUCGUCAACUGGUUUAUGCGGUUUGCCAAAGAUCACGAAGAUUCUCUGAACUACUCAUACAUUUUCCAGGAUUGUAUUCAACUUGCGGCAUGUCGUGAAGAUGAACGUCUGCCAAUGAAUCCCGAACUUCCUGCUGAUUUAUUUACAUCAUGUUUAACUACUCCCAUACAUACAAGCAUUCUUUGGUACUUGAUAAAGAAUGGCAGGAAAAAUCAAUUUCCACCAAAUUUGCUUGACGAGAUUCCUGGUCAGUUGAAUGAUCGAAGAACUAUUCUUGGAGAAUUAAACUGGAUUUUCACUGCUAUAACAGAUACUAUAGCGUGGAACGCUUUGCCAAGGGAUGAUUUUCAACGUUUAUUCAGACAAGAUCUCUUGCUAGCCUCUUUAUUUCGGAGCUUUCUUCUUGCUGAGCGAGUAAUGUCUGGAAACGGAUGUACCUUAAUCGACUUGUCGGGUAUUAUUGGUGACGGUCAAGAUGUCCCUCAUAAUUGGUUCUUUAUUGAACAAUUGAAGGCAUUUGAGGGAGAGCUAAAGUUUUCUGUUAUCAUUAACGUAUUGAAGGUUUGGCUUGAAUACGGAGUUAACAAACAAUCAUCACCUGAACAACUUCCUAUUGUUCUUCAGGUUCUGCUAAGUCAAGCUCAUCGACAGCGCGCUCUUGAACUGCUUGCACGUUUCCUGGAUCUUGGGCAAUGGGCCGUUGGCUAUUCACUUUCAGUCGGUAUUUUUCCUUACAUGCUCAAGUUACUGCAGAGCACAUCAAGGGAACUUCGAACGUGGCUUGCUUUCAUAUGGGCUAAGAUUCUGGCUGUUGAUCCAAGCGUACAAUUGGAAUUGUUUAAAGAGAACGGUGAUGAACCUACUCGUUUCGAACCUACAAACCGUUCCAAACCUGUCCAAUUAAGUUUAAAUACGACCUUUUCAAGGUAUCAUUUCUUCGUAGCCAUCUUGAAUGAUCCAGACACACUUCCACGACAGAAAAUCGUCGUUGCUUUUGUACUAGCAUCUUUGUUUCACAACAACUACAGAAUAGCACAAGAGAAUUUAACGAAGAAAGGCUAUGUUAAUCUAUGUACUGAAUUACUAAGCGAAAAUCAAGCAAAAGACUGCCGCCUCCUGAAAUUGUGGAUAUUAAUUGGAUUAGGCCGCCUUUGGGCUGAUUACGACCCUGCCAGAUGGCAAGCUGUUCGCCUGGUUGCUUACGCAAAGGUACCCGUUCUGAAAGAGCUUGAUGACAAUGCUCCUGAAGUCCGUGCUGCUGCUGUCUACGCCUUAGGUUGUUUAGUAAAAAAUCGCUCGGAGACUAACGAACAUGCAGCGACGAUAGAUCAGGAAAUAUGUGACGAACUUUGUUUUAAAUGUACAAAGGAUGGAUCGGUUCUUGUACGUGAGGAGCUCUUGAUUGCCCUUCAGUGGUAUAUAAUUGAUUUCGAGCAACGUUUCGCGAAGAUUUUCUGGGACUUAUCGGAGACACUGGAUAUUGUGAUAAUUGCCGAUGCAAACGAGGACCAAUUUGAGCACAAUGUUGUUGACAUUGCAGCUACGUUAGGAGACAGUGAUGCAACUGGUUCGUCGUACUUUCAAACAUUGAAUGGGCGAAAGUCAUUUGUACAUAAAAAACGACAGCGACCUGGUGAAUCUGUCGUUGGUGUCGAAGAGAUUCCAAAAGUCGAGACACCAUUUCCAUUUGGAGGGGCGUCUUUUGAUGAAGUUACUGUGACGGACAGUUCGUCGAAAUCAAUGAAAAGUAGUGACAAUGAAGGAGGUGGAGUAAGGUUUAUGAUUGGUAGCCCUGUGACGGCAGGCACUUCUGUAUUACCAUCGGAAGGAAAUGUGAAUCUAAAUAUGUUAUCUCCGUGUAAUGACGCUGAUUUUGGAACACCUAAUGGAGAUUUUAAUCAUCAUUCCUCUGUAACGAAACCAAGCUCCUCGACUCUUCAGCGUCCGUCAAAACAAGUACAACAGCGGAAAUUAUCAAUGCCUUCACAUUUUCCACUUACGCCUAGAGGUUCAGAGUCACGCUCACAACUUACUGAUAUGUUGAAGCAAUCGUUUACUCCGAAGAGAGGGACGACGGCACGUGGCCAGUUUUCUAUGGGCACGCCCUUGGAAAGCUCCGUAGAACCCAUGCUUGGUUCAGAGUUUGUUCCAUGGUGCAGUCGCAUAUUUGUGCAACCAAUUCUAGAUCUCAUUCAUUCUAAAGAAGAAGUGGAGGACUUCACCGAUCGUGCGCUGACGUUGGUGAAUCCGACGGACUGGACAAUUUUUGUCGAACAAGGACAAAAACAACAAGCGCAUACCGAAUUUGAAGUUUUUAAAGACAAAACAACUUCAGUGAUAGUCAUAAACGAGAUGUCUCACGAAAUGUUGCUGUGCGGAUCGGCUACCGGUAUUGUAAGAGUGUGGGAUCUUUCGUACAAUAUUCACUCGCACGAAAUAGAAGAUAUACCUCAACUCGUCACUGCAUCAAAUCCACUAUGCGAUCAGUCACGAUUACCGAUUACGAACUAUUCCGGUCCAGUUACCUUAUAUGACUGGAGUCAAGACACAGGUCGCUUAGUUUGUGGUGGCAAUGUGCGUGUAAUACGAGUUUGGGAUGCCCACUACGAGAGAACUUCUCAGGAUAUUGCAGUAGCUGUAAGGAAAGGUGCAGUAUCAGCGCUUUCUGGUGAACUCGACCACAAUGAUCUCAUUGCGGCUGGUUAUCGUGAUGGUGUACUGAACAUCCAUGAUAUUCGCGUUUCUGGUAAAGAGUCCCCAGUCAUGUCAUUUCACGACUUAGCAGCACGCAUAGUAGGAGUUGCGAUCCGAGUAAACACCAAGGGUACCGCCAUUGUUACAGCUGCUGAUGAAACCGGAAGUGUCUGCGUUUGGGAACCGAGAAUGUUCAAGGUUCCUGUCGUUGAAAUGGAAUCGGACCAUAGGGCCCGUGAAGAUUUGAAAAACCUUAUUGUCCAUAAGAAUGCUGAGGUGAUUCGUUUGAUUCCUUCAAACAAUGGAGCACUGCAAAUGGUUUUAUUCAGAUGUUCGGUUGCGUUUACAACUACGAAGUGA